AUGGAUAUCGACAGUCCUAGCACUCCGCCUGUGACAACAACUUCACAAGAGACUCAAAAGGCAGUACGAGAGAAACGCCAAGAAAUUCAGCAGGCCCGCGAAGAACUGAGAGAAUUGGUCAAAGACAUUCCAAACGGGUUCGCGGGACUGGCUGGUGAUAUCACCCGUUUAAAAGAGGAACUUGACUUGGACAUCGAAAGAAUUCAUGAUGACCACAAAUCAAUCGAAGAACGUUACAAACGCGUUUUAGAAGUAUUCAAUGAAGAAUGGAAUUAUGCCAAAGAGUUAAUCGAAGAACGAUUCUUUACUCCCAAGGAAGAAAGAGAAAUGCUCUGCUCCCGUGUAGAGUUACUUGUAGAUGCACUCCAAACUCUUCAACAGGCCUCUGAGACGGAGAUCCAUCAUCCUGAAGUGUCAUUCAAGAAGGAUCUCGAUAGUCUCCGAAAGAGACUCGAACAACGAAUUGGGCUGGGCUACGAGCUUAAGGCGACACUUGAUAAGACGGUGGAGAAGUUGGAAAAUGUUUGCAAGCGUGUGGAUGAGUUUGAGAAGCUUAUGGAGCAGUGA